AUGCUCCAAUCCAUCAUGGAGUGUAUCUUCGGCACACUAGCAGCCGACCCACUUCCUCCUUCAGGUGGCCGAUCUCCCGAAUCCAUCGCAUCCGACAUCGUCACCAAGAUCCUCAACGCAGAAUCGCCCGAAUCCCUACGAAAGCAGUUGAAGGAGGAAAUAGCCAUCACGGGUUGGUCCGAGGAGAUUGGAAAGGCCAUUCUACGCGGUCUGGAGGAUGCAAUCAAGGCCGGUGCGGAGAUGGCGCAGGCAGCCGCUGAUGCAGCGGCUAAAUGCAAAGAUGCCGCGAUAGGCUUUGCGACCGAGCAUCCUGUCUAUGCUACAUUGAUUGCACUGGGGAUCUUGGUCUUGCUGAUGCCAUGGGCUCUGGAAAUUAUUGGCUUCGGAGAGUUGGGCCCGAUCGAGGGCUCUUGGGCGGCGGUGUGGCAGGCCAGGUAUGCUGGCUAUGUGCCAAAGGGGGCUUUGUUUGGGUAUUUCCAGAGACUGGGUAUGACCUGGCAUUGA